AUGAAUGAUAUUGUUCGAUCCUUACUUUCUUGGCUGAAUUUGACAGGGAAACUGAACGAUAUCAAGACAUUUCAGGAGUGUGAUGACUAUAUGAUGAUAUUAGAUGCUUUUAAAACAUUAUUCCCUGAAAUAAUUCUUGAUGAAAAAGAAGAAAACGGGACAUUUAUAGAAUAUAUCAACAAAUUUAACUUUUCUAAUAUAUCAGAAAUCCUUAAUGUUAAAUUAGACGAUUUUCUAAAUUGUGAUCCAAAAACAAUCGAAGAAAUUGUGAAGAGAAUCUUCUUUUUAAUGGCUCAGAAUCAUAGAACAGAACUUACACAUCAAAUAGAAAAGCUUGAAUUUAUUGAACGCCAAGAUUUGCAAUUACUUUUAGAACAAAAUAUGAAAAAUAAAAAGUAUUUAAAGCUUGCAAAGUCAAUAAGAGCUUACUCCACAAAUGUUAAUACUUUAUUGGCAAAUAAAAAACGCGCUAUUGACAAGUUUGAUGAAAUGGAAAGAAUUAAGGAUACCCUUACAUUGCGUAGUUAG